GUCGGCCAACCCUAACAUCAGAUCAGCUAUUGUAAUAAGUUCUUAUCAGUCCAACACUAUGAUCUAUACAUCGCCAUAUCCUGAUCUCUACAUUCCUGAACAGGAUGUUCCCUCCUUUAUCUUUGGAUCAAAAGGGUUUCAGAGCAAUCCAAACAAACCUGCUCUAAUUGAUGGUCCUACUGGAAAAGUCAUUACCUUUCGAGAUCUUGAAAAAAGCUCUGCUAGCUUUGCUGCUGGAUUGCACCAUCAACUUGGUUUCAAAAAGAGAGAUGUUGUUGCUCUGUACACUCCAAAUGACAUCAACUACUCGACAGUCAUGUAUGGCACUCUGAUGGCAGGUGGAUCUGUCAGUGGCAUAAACCCAGCCUAUACAGUGGAUGAACUCGCUUAUCAACUCCACGAUUCAGGUGCAUCCGUCCUUAUUGUUGGACACGAACAGAUUGCCAAUGCCAAAGCUGCUGCAAAAGUAGUUGGAUUGCCAUUGAACCGGAUCUUUGUUUUUGCUAGCAAGUCCAUCAAUGGCAUUCAUUCCUUUACAUCACUUCUUUCCAGUAAACUUGGUCCUGUUGUCAAAUUCACAAAGAACGAACUGGCCAAUGAAGCUGCAUAUUUAUGCUACUCAUCUGGAACUACUGGCCGCAGCAAGGGUGUUAUUACUACUCACAGAAACAUGGUUGCCAAUGUUCUACAAACAAAUGUAUUUGAAGUCAAUGAUCGACUGCCUGAUGAAAUAUGGAUGGGAGUUCUUCCGUUUUUCCACAUCUAUGGUCUUAAUAUCUCUUUGCAUCAGGCAGCAUUUGGUGGAAAUACUAUGGUUGUUGUUCCCAAAUUUGAUUUUGUUCAAUUUUUGGAGUUUAUUCAACGAUACCAAAUUACUGUGCUGCAUGUCGUGCCUCCUAUCGUGCUUGCCAUGGCAAAACAUCCGAUUGUGGACAAGUUUGAUCUGUCGUCCGUUCGACGAGCCACGUCAGGAGCUGCACCACUGGGUAGCGAACUGGCUCAGGCUUUUUCCAAGCGUCUUAAGAUUCCUGCAGUACAAGGCUAUGGACUCACCGAAACGACUCCCGUUACUCAUAUGUGUCCUUCAAGUCGGAUUGUAGAUGGAUCAAUUGGAUUUCUUGUGCCCAACAUGCAAGCCCGUUUAAUUGAUCCAGAUACUGGAAAAGAUGCAAUGACGAAUCAACCAGGAGAACUGUGGCUUCGCGGUCCUAAUGUGAUGAAGGGAUACAUCAACAACCCAUCAGCAACUAAAGACAGCAUUGAUCAGGAAGGAUACUUUCACACGGGAGAUGUUGCUGUUGUUGGCCCAACUGGCCACUUUUUCAUUGUAGAUCGACUCAAGGAACUCAUCAAGUACAAGGGAUUUCAGGUUCCACCAGCAGAGCUGGAAGCCAAACUCAUUACACAUCCAAGCAUCGCGGAUGCAGCCGUGAUUUCGCUUGCAGAUAAAGAAGCUGGUGAACUUCCUCUUGCAUACGUAGUUUUACAGCCAGGAAAAAAACUGACGGAGAAGGAAGUGCAAGAGUUUAUUGCAGGACAGGUUGCCUACUAUAAACAACUGCGUGGUGGAGUGGUAUUUGUUGAUGCAAUUCCCAAGGCAGCGAGUGGCAAGAUUCUGCGACGGAUCCUUCGUGCAAUGGACAAGGAGAGAGUUUCCAAGAAAAUUCCAGAUCCUAAAUUAUAAGGCUAGAUUGAGUUGGUUGGUAUGAAUCCGUUCAAGAGUGAAAGUAAGCCACGUGAUAUUCAUUCAAUUCAAAUGAAACCAAUGCGAGCCUUUAUUUUAAUCC